GGAAUGCCCAAAAUUGGAGUAACCGGUGGACAAAAUGAAAAGCAACUGUAGCAGGGCUUUUAUGUCCAUCACAUAUACUGCCCUGUUUACUGUAACCCUCUUUCUUCCCUUUCUCCGUCACUUUCUCGAGAAAGAAAAAAGAAAAAAAUGGCAGGGAGCAAAGAAAACAUAGUGAUGUUCCCGUUCAUGGCACAAGGCCACCUAAUACCCUUCUUAGCCUUAGCUCUGCAAAUAGAGCAAAGAGGCUACAAUGUAAUAUUUGUGAACACCACACUCAACAUCAUCAAACUCCGAAAAUCAAUCCCACCCACCUCCUCCAUCCGCCUCCUUGAAAUCCCCUUCAACAGCUCCGACCAUGGCCUCCCUCCCGGCUCCGAGAACACCGACGUCCUCCCUUACACCCUCGUAAUCCAACUCCUCGAAGCCUCCACUUCUCUCAAACCCGCCUUCACAUCCCUCCUCUCAGAUCUCAUCCACGAUGGCUCUCCCCUUCUCUGCGUCGUCGCCGACAUAUUCUUCGGCUGGACCGUGGAGGUUACACACGAUUUGGGUUUGUUCCAUGCCUUUUUCAGCGGCGCAGGUGGCUUCGGAUUGGCUUGUUACCAUUCUGUGUGGCUGAAUUUGCCUCACCGGAGCACCGACUCCGCGGAGUUCUCUCUGCCGGACUUCCCAGAAGCUGGCAAGUUCCACAUGACCCAGCUGGCGGCAAGCUUCGUGGCGGCCGACGGAAAGGACCGGUGGUCGGUUUUUCAACACAAAAACCUACCCGCAUGGUCCUACUCCGAUGGUGUUCUGUUCAACUCAAUUGAAGAGCUCGAUAAAAUCGGAUUGUCCUAUUUCAGGCGCAAAUUUAAUCGGCCGAUUUGGCCAAUCGGUCCGAUUCUUCUGCUAGGAGAAGAUCGAUCCCGAGUAGGUAGAAAACAUGGAAUCAAACCAGAGGAAUGUAUAGAGUGGCUUGAUACAAAACCACCCAAUUCAGUACUCUACGUAUCAUUUGGGUCAAUGAAUACCAUGUCUGCUUCGCAAAUGAUUCAGUUGGCUAAAGCAUUAGAGCAAGUUAGGAACACCAAUUUCAUAUGGGUGGUUAGGCCGCCACUGGGGUUCGACAUAACGGCGGAGUUUCGACCAAAGGAGUGGUUGCCAGAGGGGUUUAUAGAGAGGGUUGUCGUGGAUCAGAAAAGAGGGCUAAUUGUGGUACAAUGGGCACCCCAGGUGGAGGUAUUAUCGCACGAGUCGGUGGGCGCGUUUUUAACACACUGCGGGUGGAACUCGGUCCUGGAAGCGCUCAGUGGCGGCGUGCCGCUGAUGGGGUGGCCGAUGGCGGCGGAGCAGUUUUUCAAUGCCAAGUUUUUGGUGGAAGAGGUUGGGGUGUGCGUGGAAGUGGCCAGAGGGACUAAUUUUGAGGUUAGGCAUGAAGACAUAAAGGAGAAGAUUGAAUUGGUGAUGGGUGAGAAUGCUAAAGGAAAGGAAAUGAGAAGGAAAGCUGGUGAAGUGAAGGAGAUGAUUAAGGAGGCCAUUAGAGAUGAGGAGGGUUUCAAAGGGUCUUCUGUGAAAGCCAUGGAUGAGUUUCUUAGUGCUGCUGCUUUGUUGAUGAAGGAGAAGACAAAACUAUAAUUUUGUUUGAUUCUGAAUGGAAAAAAAUUCAAUUAUCGUUUUCGUUGAUGGAAACAAUUAAUUGUUAGGAGUAUUCUAUAUGAUUAUUGCGUAAAAAUGAUUGGUGGCUCAAAUUUAAAUUUGUUGGAAAGUGUGAAUUUGUACUUGUCGGAUCACCGGUGUAAUAUUUAUCUGUCGCGAUUAUCAUUCUUGUCGACCACUACGACUGUCAUUUUCUUGCGGAAUGAUCGAUUCAAACGACCGACAAGUCAAAAUUUAGACAAUCAGACAAACUCAUAUUCGACCUAUUAAUUAGUCUUGUUAUUGUGUUUAGUUUCUGUUUUGGGAAAUAAAAUUCGACAGUGAGGAAUGGAUCGUUGCCAGCCCUACAA